CGGUCGGUUAGCCGUUGCGCAGCAACGCGCCGCGCUCCGGGACCGUUUGUCCCUCGGCCCGCGCCGUCCCUCUCGCGAGGCUCGCCGAGAGCGUGCGCGCGGAGGGCGGCUUCGCUUUAUGGCGCCGUGGCGAGCAAGGCCUGUUUCCAGUGGUAGAAUUUCAUCAGAUCCCUCAUCUUGAGUUAGCAUUCACCAUCGAUGUGUGAGACGUUGACAAAAAUGAAUAAUAAAAUCAGUUACCUGUUGAACGUGGUCAGGUAUUUGCAUAGGUGCAAUCCCGUGCCCAGACCGUCAGCUCCUACAAGCAAGCGUGUUGUACAGAGUGGCAGGUAUGGGAAUCGCCUGGAGAAUGUGAACUGCAGGAAAUUGCUCCUAAAUGCUUUCCCCUCUCUACAUGGAUCACCUCUUCGAUUUCUGUCUAAAAAGGCGGAUUUUUUUGGUGCAGGUGAUGAAGUACGGCAAGAAAAGAGCAGAGAGGCUGUGGUGAGUGAGCAGGCUCCACAAAGCUCCUUGGAACUGGAGAAGUUGGAGGGUGAUGCUCAGAGCUUCAGAGUGAAGGCAUUGCUGGAUCAAAAUGAACCAUUCUUCAACAGACUCCAGAAGUGUACCUGUCCUAGCGAUGUACUGGACUUGGCCUCAGAGUCUGCUGUUUCCAUUAAGCAAUUCACAAACUGUAUAACUACCAUGUGGAAGCUCCUCAGAAAUAUGUCAGAAGACCAGCGGUGCUACGAGAAGCGGCUCGUCUUUGAGCACCCGGCCUUUGUCAGGCUUUGUCAGCAGCUGCUGCGGGACUCCAGAAGGAUGACACGGGGCGACCUGGUGUUCAGUCUGCACGCUGUGGUGAACCUUGGUGUUCCUCAGAACACUCUCUUAGUCCAGACUUUGUUGAGAGUGUGCCAAGAAAAGCUCAAUCAACUGGAUAACCGCUGUAUGUCAGUUUUGGCAACUACGUUAGCAGGGAUGGAUGAAGACAAGAAUGUGAGCGCUCUUCAAGCUGGAUUACAGUUACUAGUAGAGCAGAGAAUCCCAAGCGUCAGAGAUAUCUUUAUACUGCAAAACUUGAUGAAAUGUAUGGGAAAGGAUGCUCCAGUCUUUCUGAAAAAGAAAUUAGAGAUGGCAGUUUUGAGAGAGAUAGACCACCUGACUUACCGGAAUGCUCAGCGUGUGUUUUUGAGUCUUGUUGCAAUGAAUUAUUGUUCCAUUCCAAUCCUGAAUGCCUGCAGUGAAAAGAUCCAGGAGAAUAUUCAUGAUGCUCCGUUUUGGCAGUUAAUUCUUAUUCUGGAAGCUUGUCACAAUCUCCAGUACCGUAAUAUAAAACUGUUUUCAGCAGUAGCAGACUACAUUAAUUCUGUUGUCUGCCUUUUGGACAAAAGACAGAUUAUCCUUUUUCUCUCUGCCUUUGAGACACUUGGCUUUCAGCCCAGCGAACUGAUGGGUUUUCUUGCUGAGAAAGUUACAGAGGACUCUGAAUUCCUGGACUUGAAAAGCCUUUUGAUUGUUCUUCGAGUGUAUUCACGACUCAACUAUGUUCCCAGAGGCCAACAUCAUUUGUUUUAUGAGACUCUUCAUAGCUGCUUGAAUAAGUACCUUCCCCAGAUUUCUAACGCAGAACUGCUGAAGGCGGUGUAUUCACUUUGCAUCUUAGGAUAUCUUCCUCGUCGUGCACUCGAUCAACUGCUGGAAAAGGACAACUUUGAAGAACUUGUGUCAGGUGAUCUUUACAAGGAAAAAAGGGAAAUGAUGCUUCACUGUGUGAGAACAUGUAUGGAACUUGAUAGCCCUUCCUUCACGAAGCCUGCAUUUGUGCCAACUGAGAAUUUCUCCUCAUUAGUAUCUGUUAAUCUCAGAAAGGCUCGGGAGGCACUGCUAGAACUUCUGGGAGACGAGAACAUGUUUCGGCAAAAUAUUCAGCUGCCAUAUGAGUAUCAUAUUGAUUUUGAAAUCUGGAUGGAUUCAGACAGAAAGAAAGUGCUCCCAGUAACUGCAACAGACAAUCAUGCUGACAUAAGUGUUCAAAGAUUGGCUUUUCUCUUUGUUCCUCUGUCUGCUUUUUGUUUGGGUACAACACAUCCCCAGGGGAAACUUGCAAUGAAGAAGCGGCAUCUAAGUACACUGGGCUAUCAUGUGAUUCUGGUCCUGAACAAGAAGUUUCAAGAAUUGACGAAUGAAGGCAAACUCUCUUCUCGUGAGCUAGGUCAGAGUUUUGAAGUCACUAUUUCAAGCACAGUUGGAAGCUGGCCUGCAAGCAAGCACUAGAGGGAUUUUCUCCUGCAUCUUGUCCCCAUUAUGUUCUGCAUUAACCUUUACAAAGAGCUCUAGCAAAUAAUUCAGCCUAAGGGACGUAUUCAAAUAAUCCAAAAUUAUGUGAAAAGUUCCUAAAGAAAUCAACUUCACCCAGUUUUCAGAAGUGUGGGACAAAAAUGGUCCCAUUAGUUGUAUGUUUAUUCUUUUGAACUUUUUUGCUCCACUGCUCCUGUAAGGCUUCUAGCCUCAGAACAUGUUUGUCACAUCCUUAUAAACUGACUCUUGCUCCCUGUUUCCAAUAGUCUUCACAGCUUUUUAAAGAGGUGUUGCAAUACUCCAGUGUGUUCUUUGUGUGUUGUGAUGCACCUUCACUGGUUUGUUGUGUACUACAAGAGAAUAGCGUGGUGGAAUUAUGUUGGCAGAGGCCUACAUGUUCAAAACAACUUCAGACUUUUGAACUGACAGAGAAGAUAUAACUGGUACAUCUUUUCUGCUCUUGGUAACACUUACAGGUAAAAUACUUUUAUUGUGCUAGAGUUCCUGAAGUAUAGAGCGAGAACAUUGGAAAGUCUGAACAUACCUGCAUUUGCAAACAACGGGCUGUUUUUUUUCUGCAGUACAAUCAGAUCUUCAGUCACAAUUUUUUGUGCCAUAACCACAGCCAAAUAUCAUGUAGGGAAAUGGCAAUACUUCCUACAGUGACUGAAUGUUACCCAUAGGGGGUGCCCGUGCUUCACUUAAUAGGCUACGAGAACCACGGUCUUUGUCUUUCGGAAGUAGUACUCACACGUGGAUAAAAUAUUACAGCGAUAAAAUGAAGUGGAAAGAAACAAUGCUUAAAAAAAUUCACUGUGCAACUUUACGCAGAACAUACAUAUAAGAGUAUGAUGCACAUUUAUGAAGGAAACUGUAACUAAAAUAUCAGUCUGGCAUAAAAAGCUCAGACAGCUAUUCAACAUUUCAGUCCCUAAAAUGCAGCAAGUGCUGAAAAACAGAACUUCUGCAAUUGUAACGCUUAACAACUAGUCCAGAGUUAAUCUGCUGGACUUGGUGUGAAGUUUAUUGUGCUAUUUUUGUAUUUGCUGCUUGAAGAAAGUAUUGUUUAUACAAACUCAUCUGUAAAUUAGAUGGAGGGCCAUUCUGAUGUUCUGAGCUGGCCAACUGAUCCCAGUGCCUUGGCUGGCACUGGAGGAGGUGCAGGAUACCUGUCUGUGCUGGAGUGUUGAGUGGUGCUCAGAGCUAUGUUUGAAAUAGCAUUUGGUGCUGUUCAAAGGUGAAGCCUUGCAAACCAAGCUACUACAGUGUCAGCUGUGGCUCCCACCUGUACAGGGGGACUGCUCCCUCCGCUUCAGGCUUUAAAGUCAGGUUCUCAUUAGCAGGUUCAUCGCUCCAUCUGCUCAGGGACAAAACGGGAGGCAGGAAAGUGUAGUCAUCUCAGAAGCCAGCAGCCUGGACAAAAGCUGCCAAGCCAAUGGCACAGCACUUUCCAUUAAAUUAGCUGAUCAUCUUUACUUUUGUAUUUUUAAACACAUUACAGAUAGUUGGAUACUUAUACAAGCAGUACGGAAGUGUAGUGGUCUACUAUAAUGAUCACCUUGCUUAUUAAAAUAUCUUGCUUUA